AUCCCAUCCCGUCCCAUCCCAUCGUCGGCCUCCACCUCAAAUCAAACAAGUAGUGUACCACCACCCACCACCAUCAUCCUCCUCCAAAUCCAACCGGGAACGAUGAUUUCCGCCUCUCCGCCGUGUCCCUCUCCGAACCGCAGCAGCGGGUCAACACCGCCGCCGCCGCUGCGUGUUCACGAGGAUCACCACCACCACCAUCCCACCGCGGGCCACCCAAGAUGGCUCGACGACCCCUGCAUCCAAGAGCUGGACCACUUCUCCAAGACCCUCACCGGCAUCGAAGCCAAGGGCGACCGCCCGGAACUUCUCAGCUCUAUUCUCUCCCACUAUUCCUCCCGCUGGCUUCCGGAGCUUUCCUGCCGCGCUGCCGGCGAUCCUUCGCCCGAGAGUCCCACGGCCGCCUGGCUCAAGAAACGCUUCUUCAUCGAGACCCUGGCUUCCAUCCUCCCAACCGAGAAGCGCUCUGUCUCCUGCGACGUCUUGCUUACGCUGCUACGCACGGCGAGCAUGGUUGGCGCGGCAGCGUCGUGUGUGCGGGAGCUUGAGGCCCGUGCAGCCGCGCAGCUGGACGAGGCAUCGCUCGAGGAGCUGAUGAUACCUGCUUUCAGCCACACUUGUGGUACGCUUCUGGACGUUGGCCUGGUGCUGAGGCUGGUUCGAACGUUCGCUGGGAAUAAUGAUGACGGCGGUGCGGCGGUGAGGAGCGGCGCAGCUCUCGCGAGGGUGGCGAAGCUGGUGGACUUAUACCUGGCGGAGGCGGCGCUCGACGCCGGGCUCACCGUGGCCGAGUUUGAGGAGCUCGCAAACUCGUUGCCAGCACACGCGCGAGCCAUGGACGAUGGCCUCUAUCGCGCCGUCGACACAUUUAUUAAAGCCCAUCCAAGCACCAGCAAGCAAGAGAGGAAGACGCUGUGCAGGCUCAUCGACGCUCGCAAACUAUCGGCGGAGGCCUCCCUCCAUGCAGCACAGAACGAGCGCCUCCCCGUCCGAUCGGCGAUUCAAGUCCUCUUCUCCGAGAACACCAAGCUGCAUCGGUUGACGGAGCACUGGAGAGGGUCUUUCGAUGGACCCAGGAGCCCCAACCCGGAGGCGGCGGCAGCUCGGUGCCCGUCGAAGAGGGAGGUCUUGGCCCACCAGCAGGAGAUUCGUGGCCUGACGGAUGAUGUUGCUAGGCUCCGAGUGCACUGCCAGGGCUUGCAAGCUCAAAUAGACAAGCUCGCUUCUUCCGGGAAGAAGAAGAGGGGGUUCUUCCGGUGGAGUUCUUUUUUGUUGUUCAGGACUACCGACGAUGAUGCGGCGGAAGACUCCGGACGGGGAGCAGGGCGGCCGAUGCCCGCGCGCGCCAGCAAGCGGUCGGUGCCGCAGGCCAACAAGUGGCGCAACUCCUUGUCUUGAAAAUGGCAUCAGGUUUGCGCGCAUGCAUCGACGUCUCUUGUGAUCUCCCGUCCCAUGUCUGCUUCAUAGUUUGUUCUGGACUCGGCCCCCGUGAACGAGAGAAUGCAUCCAUCGUUGUUUAUGUGAAUUAACACACUAUAGAUGUUCUAGUUUUAACGUGUCACUCU